GACAAAGUCGCGAUAAAAUCACUUGCCGAAGAUGAGAAAAAACCAAGUGAAGAAGCCAAAAAAGAAAAUGAAGUGACAACAGUUACACCAGUCGAAAGUGCACCUGAAGAACCAGCUGACAAAGUCGCAGUAAAAUCACUUGCCGAAGAUGAGAAAAAACCAAGUGAAGAAGCUAAAAUGGAAACUGAAAUGACAACAGGAACACCAGUCGAAAGUGCACCUGAAAAAACAACGACAGAGAAACCACUCGAAAAGAAUGAAUCUGGUGAGAAAAAUGAAGGGCGUAACAAUGCAUCAACUGUAGAGGCUGAAGGAGAGGAGAAACCUGAGGAAAGUUCCUCACCACAAACACGAAAAGUAAAGAUACCUGGUGUUGUGCCAAUUCCAGGGGAUCGUCCUAAAAGUAGAUAUGCUGAUAUCCGAAUUGUUAAACUCGAAUCAGAACUUGCAGAGGAUGGCAAAUAUAGAUACAACUACGAAUCAGAAGACGGUACAGUUGUCGAGCAACAAGGUGAAUUGAAAAAAAUGUCCAUAAAAAAUGAUGAUGGCGAAGAAGAAGAAACACAAAUGGGCGAAAGUGUGAAAGGAUCAUACUCAUACAAAGACGAUGAGGGAAAAACCUAUUCUAUUACCUACACGGCCGAUGAAAAUGGCUAUAGACCUGUUGGAGACCACAUCCCAACAAUACCGCCAGCUAUUGCUCGUGCUUUGGCUUGGUCAGCGACAGCAAAACCUUGGGUUGACCCAUGGCUUGUGAAACAAAAAAAACUAAGAGAAGCUCGUGCUAAGAAAUUGGAAGAACAAAUGAAAACCACUCAAAAACCUGAAGAAAAAGAUGUAGAAUAAAGACGUUAACUUAGAGAUCGAAAGUGAAAGAUGUUUGUCCUGAAAUUGGAAGGAAACCACACAAAAAUCUGUGGAGAAAGACGAAGAAGCACCAAAAGCCAUAUAAGAAUAAGCCUCCGAAAAUUUCAUUUAAAAUUCAUACAAAAAAAAGUGUCGUAGAAGUUAAAAUAAUUUAUAAAAACGAACGAAAAUAUCACAAAAAAAUGGAAAAACUAAAAACAAAUGCGUUUUUUUCGCCGUUGAACUUGGUUGCACCAAAUAAUAAAAUGUCAAUUCAAAGCUAUCGCAA